AUGGCUGAUCAAGCAUGCCUAAUCGGUACCUUUUUUUAUGAAGCCAUUUUAACCUCUGUGAAAUCGGUACAAGAUGAAAAGCAGGGUAGAGUAAUAUGGAAAUCUAGCAUUAGAUUUUAUCAGCCAUUUGGGGAUCUGCUUAUGUGUUAUAUUCUCAAACCCUUCCAGGGUCAUUUGAUUCAUUUCGGCACAUACGGAAGUCUAUCGGAGAGCAAUAUUUUCCAGAACUUUGACGCUGAAACCGUAACUCUGGAAAGCACGGAUAACCGUUCCUUAAUUAAUAGGCGCUUUUCAGUUGCCAGCUCUGCUAGCUUUUUGACGGGACUCUCGAUUGAUGAACAGUUAGGGGAGCUGGAGUUGGGCAGUAUGAUUGAGACAAUUGAGGACGAUGAGGAUAAACAGCCACAGCAGCAAGUGAUUCAGACUGUAGACAAGACAACUGCAAGCUUAUGUAAUUCAGAUAAGCUAGGCAAAUUUCCAGUAGACUGCAAGUGGAGAGAAUCUAAUGAAAGCACUUCGGAGACCCUAUAUGAAUCACAUUGGGAAAAAGCUGUCAAUGAAGAGGCUUCAAAUCAACAAAAGAAUCAGGACCCAGAAAUUGACAGGCAGCUGACGGAUUCCAAAUUUGAAGAGGCCCCAGAGCUUAUGGCAGCUGAAGGCAUGCUAAUGAAGCCGAUCCUGCCAGAUGCAGUCAACAUAAACUCAGUUCCUCCAUUACUGAAGGCAUAG